AUGGCAAAUUAUUUGAAUGAAAACAUAUAUACUCAUACAUUUACUCCCAAAGAGUACCAAGUUGAACUUUUAGAAUCGGCGAAAACCAAAAAUACGAUAAUAUGUUCAAGUACCAGCUCUUCAAAGGCAUUCAUAGUAGUGAAAUUAUUGCAAGAACAUUCUUGGCAAAUGCGUGGGAGUCAUGGAAAAAAGGCCUUGUUUAUUUUGGAUUUACAGAAUGUAUUGAUAAUGACUUCCCAUGUCAAACUCUUGACUGAUUUGAAUUGUAUAAGUAUUACUCAGAGUUUAGAAGAAAAUGAGCAUAUCAAAGAUUCUUUGAGGAAAAACCAAGUUUUUAUAAGUACUGCAGAAAUUGUUGUGGGGAUGCUGCAUUCCAAUGUGAUAGAAGAUUUGGGCAAUUUCAAUUUGAUUGUUAUAGAUGAUUGUCUUUAUGGACAACGCCAGUCAUUCAUUAAAAUGAUAAUGAGUAGAUAUAACAGUUUACCCAAAAAUGCUAAACCACAUAUACUAGGAUUGACAUCAGGAUUGCUUAGUGCAGAACUCCAACCUGAUAGAUUAGAAGCAGAAUUGAGACGUUUAGAAAAAUUACUCAAUUCCCAAGUAGAUACUUCCUCAGAAAUAGUCACACUCAUUCGAUUAUCAUGCAGACCCCAUGAAACAUUGAUAGAAUGUCCUAAGAUGAAAUCUUGUAGCUUAGAAGAUGAAAUUAAAGCAAUAGUAAAUAAUACUAAAGAUUUUCUAUUAGAACAUCGAUUUGACCUUAGUGAAAUAUAUGCAGAUGAUUUUCUAGAUGACUACAAAGAAGUUCCUGAUCCAAAAACUGUACCAAUGGAACUAUUGAAUGACUUCAUAGAGAUACUUAAUGACCUAGGACCCUGGUGUGCUGAUAGGGCAGCAUUCAAUAUGUUAUUAAAAAUCGAAAAACUCAAAGUAAAAGUUCCUUAUGAAAGACAUUACCUUCUCUUAUGUAUGCUUUCAACCACCUUGAUAGCUGUCAGAGCUAUUUGUGAUUAUGCAUUUGAACCAUAUGAAGAACUUGAUAGGGUAAUGCAUUUUUCUUCUCCCAAAGUAUUGAGAUUUCUUGAAGUGCUAAAACAGUUCAAACCUCCUGGUGAAAGACCAGAACCUAUUGAAAAAGAGAAACCUGUGGAACUUGAAGCAUCUCCUACAAAAAUAAGGGGCAAGGGAAAAGGUCCAAGAAGGAACUUCAUGCCUAGACCACAGAGUGAGGAUAUUUUAUGUGCACUUGUUUUUGUGCAUAAUAGAUACAAAGCAAAAUCACUUUUUGGGUUGCUAUGUUUGCUUUCCCAAGUUCAUGACGAUUUCUGGUGGGUGGCCACUCUAUUUUCACUAGAAAAACUAGCAGAUCCCAUAAAGGAACCGAGAGAAGCAGAACUGGAACACAAAACUCAGGAAGAAGUUUUACGCAAAUUCAGAUGCCAUGAAUGUAACAUCCUGAUUGCUACAUCUGUAUUAGAACAAGGCUGUGAUUUACCAAAAUGCAAUUUAGUUAUAAGAUUUGAUUUACCAACAACAUUCCAUAGCUACAUACAGUGUAAAGCGCGAGCUAGAGCCGUUGAUGCGCACUACCUAUUAUUUGUGAAUGACAAUGAACUUCCAACUUUUGUUGAAAACUUGGCUGAGUAUAAUGAAGUUGAGAACACGUUGCUCAGGCGAUGCUACAGCCUGGAACCUGACAGAGAAGAAGAGUUAUACGCCGAUGCAUAUUCUAUGUUUUAUAAGCCAUAUCAGCCAUUGCAAGAAGAAGGAGCCCCUAGUAUCACACUUCUCAAUUCAAUUGCUUUACUAAAUAAGUACUGUGCCAAAUUACCCAGUGAUACGUUUACACGAUUAACCCCAGUCUGGCGAGAGGAAAAAAUUGCUCAAUCACAGUUUGUAUGUCAUAUUAGGUUGCCCAUCAACUCGCCUGUCAAGCAGACUAUUUCUAGUCCACCAAUGCCAAAUAGUUUGCUGGCAAGACGUGCAGCUGCUUUCUUGGUGUGCCAACUACUGCAUAGUGUCAGAGAGCUGGACGAUAAUCUCCAGCCUAUCAAUAAAGAGAACUUCAGGGCCACCGAAGACGAUUGGAAUAAUUUCGCUUUGGAUGAGCCUGAUGAUGAAAAUUCUGACAUAAGGCCAGGUACCACCAAAAGAAGGCAGUAUUACUACAAACGAAUAGCAGAUGCACUCCUAGGUUGUCAUCCUGUACCGGGAGAACCAGCGUUUUUCUAUAAACUCAUCAUGACCCUCACAUGCCCCCUGCCGGAGGAACAGAAUACUAGAGGCCGGAAAAUUUACCCACCUGAGGAGUCUCCUCAAGGUUUCGGAAUACUAACAUCAAAGGAAAUACCAAAGAUCAGUGCUUUUCCAAUUUUCACUAGAUCUGGCGAGGUCAGUGUCGAUUUAGAUCUGAUUUCUAGGGAUAUCAUCCUGACACAAGUACAAAUAGAUAAGACUAGAGAGUUUGUUAAUUAUACCUUCACAAGUGUAUUGAGGCUACAAAAAUAUCUGAUGCUGUUUAAUCCUGAGGCUUCCUCUAAUAACUAUUUGAUUGUGCCAACGAUUACAGGUGAUGACUGCAAUAUCAGUAUCGAUUGGAAGUUCAUAGACUUGAUUUAUGAAAACCUAAGUGCAAUGCCAGUUCUCAUACCUGACAAGGAAAGGAAAGAUUAUGUAUUCAAAGAAGAAGAUUAUCGUGAUGCUGUGGUGAUGCCUUGGUACCGGAACCAAGACCAACCCCAGUACUUCUAUGUUGCUGAGAUUUGCACAAACCUGAAUCCAACUUCAUCAUUUCCUGGCUCAGAAUAUGCCACGUUUGAUGAGUACUACAAGCGCAAAUAUAAUAUUCAGAUUCAAAAUGAGGCGCAGAAAUUGCUCGACGUAGACCACACCUCGGCCAGAUUAAAUUUCCUUACACCUAGAUAUGUCAAUCGCAAAGGUGUUGCUCUGCCCACAAGCAGUGAAGAAACCAAACGGGCAAAGAGGGAGAAUUUGGAGCAAAAACAGAUUCUAGUGCCCGAACUUUGUGCGAUUCAUCCUUUUCCAGCAUCACUAUGGAGGAAAGCUGUCGCUCUACCUUGUGUCCUCUACAGAAUCAAUGCUCUUUUAUUGGCAGAUCAGAUAAGAAGAACUGUCGCUGUUGAUCUCAAUUUGGGCAAAGUACAGUUACCAGAAGAUUUCAAAUGGCCCUCACUGAACUUUGGUUGGAGCUUGUCCGAUGUCCUGAAAAAGUCCAGGGAAGAAGAACAGCGGAAACAACAGGAUAAAAUCAAGAUCGUGGAAAUCGAGGUGGAAGAGAAGCUGCCAGAACUGAGAAUCACCGAAAUCCAUCCAGAAAUUGAAAUCAUCUCAAACCAAAGCGAUUCAGUGAUAGACGAGAGCGAAGUCGAGCAUAAAAACGGGGAGAACUGGGUCGAAAUCGGGACUUGGUGUAACGAAAUGGCGGAGAACAUGGAAUCCGAAAACUCCACGGUGAUGGUUCGAUACGCGUCUCCCACUAGCUGGAACAACAUGGACUAUCAGUACGACGACUUCUCUGAAAGCGAUUCUUAUCUAUCCGAAGAGUCCGAAGUGGAAUGGGGUGGAUUGAGAAUCGAAUUCACCGGAGACCACCAAGCUGAAGCCUUAGAUGAUGACGAGGACGAGGACAAAGAAUUUUAUCUGUACAAUGACUCUAACGCUUGGAAAAUCGACGAUGACAGCGAAACUACCGAGUUGUUGAGGCAGGAGUUCCACGAAGCUUGUGCAAGGAACAGAGAACACAUUUACUCCAGCAGUAUAUUGGUCAGAGCUGGGAAUACUUUUGAGAAAAACACUAGUAAAAACGAGUCCUCGCGAGCUAGCUUAGUUAUCAAACCCGAGGAGGUGAAUUAUUCCUUGCAACCUGUCGAUUUAGUGAGACCACCAGCGUUGCCUAUUAUAAAUGGUCACGAGAACAAUUCCUUUUCCAUCGAGGAAUCAGAUCUCACUUUCAGCUUCGACAAACAACCUGACUUGAACGAGCAUCCAGGGCCGAGCCCCAACGUCCUCCUACAAGCUUUAACCAUGUCCAACGCCAACGACGGCAUAAACCUAGAACGACUAGAAACCAUCGGCGACUCCUUCCUCAAAUACGCCAUCACCAACUACCUCUACUCGAAGUAUGAAAACGUCCAUGAAGGCAAACUCAGCCACCUGCGCUCGAAGCAGGUCAGCAACCUGAACCUGUACCGAUUGGGUAAGCGCAGAGGCUUCGGCGACUUCAUGAUCGCGACGAAGUUCGAUCCGCACGACAACUGGCUACCGCCCUGCUUCUACGUUCCCAAGCAGCUCGAGGAGGCGCUCAUCGACGCCCAGUUCCCCGCCAACUGUUGGACGAUGGCAGACAUGGCAGCAACGCGGAACAUGAGUCUGGACGAGAUCUGCGUGAUGGUGCGCGAAAGAGCAGAAGGAUCCAUCUUGACGAACGUCAUUCCGUACAAUCUGGUGACCCAGCACAGCAUUCCGGAUAAGAGUAUAGCGGACUGCGUGGAGGCUGUCAUCGGGGCUUACUUGAUUGAGUGCGGGCCGCGCGGGGCUCUUCUGUUCAUGGCUUGGCUGGGUAUCAGGGUGCUGCCUAAGUUGGAGGACGGGUCUUAUGAGGAAGUACAGAUGCCGAAGUCGCCGCUCUUGAGGCAUGCCCCUAAUGCUGAGGCCGAGUUGAACAGGUUAUUGGACGGCUACGACGAAUUCGAGCGCAUCAUAGGCUACAGAUUCAAAGACCGCUCCUACUUGCUGCAGGCUCUCACUCACGCUUCCUACUCGCCCAACCAACUCACCGACUGCUACCAGCGGCUCGAGUUCCUGGGAGACGCCGUCCUGGACUACCUCAUAACCAGGCACCUCUACGAGGACCCCAGGAUGCAUUCUCCGGGGGCCCUCACCGACCUCAGGUCCGCGCUGGUGAACAACACGAUAUUCGCCUCGCUGGCAGUCAGGAACAACUUUCACAAGUACUUCAAGCACCUCUCGCCCGGCCUCAAUGAGGUAGUCGAGAGGUUCAUCCGCCUUCAGGAGGAGAGCGGGCAUUCUCUGGUCGACGAGCUCUACCUGGUAGUCGAGACGGAGUGCGAAGAAGUCGAAGACGUGGAGGUGCCGAAAGCCCUCGGCGAUGUCUUCGAGUCAGUUGCCGGGGCCAUCUUCCUGGACUCCGGGAUGUCCUUGAACGCCGUGUGGCGGGUCUACCACGCGAUGAUGAAGCCGGAGAUCGAGCAAUUCAGCGACAGGGUGCCCAAGUCUCCGAUCCGGGAGCUGCUCGAACUGGAGCCUGAGACCGCCAAGUUCGGGAAGCCUGAGAAGCUCGCGGACGGUAGGAGGGUGAGGGUGACUGUGGAGGUGUUCGGGAAAGGGCUGUUCAAAGGCAUCGGCAGGAAUUACCGGAUCGCCAAAUGUACCGCUGCCAAAUGUGCGCUCAAACAUUUGAAGAGGCGCGGGCUGAUCAAAAAGUUUGAUGACUGA